AUGGAUACAUUUAAAGGGUCCGUGAACGGUGUCUUGUACACCGAGGCUGCCGAGAUCUUCAGACCUGUAGACCCAUUUAAUGGUCCCGUGGAGUCCAUUGAACCCUGGAACUUUAAGUUUUUGGCAGCGCUGAUGUUCGUCAUUACUGUUCUGUCCUUGUCUGAAAAUUUCACCGUCAUGCUAGUAACUUUUAAGUUCAAGCAGCUGAGGCAGCCUUUGAAUUACAUCAUUCUCAAUUUAUCUUUAGCGGAUUUUCUCGUGUCUCUGAUUGGCGGAACUAUUAGUUUCCUCACCAAUAUUAAAGGGUAUUUCUUCAUGGGAGCUUGGGCUUGUGUCAUGGAAGGAUUCGCGGUGACAUUCUUCGGGAUUGUUGCAUUGUGGUCUUUGGCUGUGCUUGCUUUUGAACGAUUUUUUGUGAUCUGUCGUCCUUUGGGUAAUAUUCGGCUACGGGGAAAACAUGCGGCUUUGGGAAUUCUGUUUGUCUGGACAUUCUCUUUCAUUUGGACCAUCCCGCCCGUACUGGGCUGGAGCAGCUACACUGUCAGUAAAAUUGGCACCACCUGUGAGCCCAACUGGUAUUCUGGAGAUUAUUUUGACCACACCUAUAUUAUCACAUUCUUCACAACCUGUUUUAUAUUACCAUUAGCUGUAAUCAUUGUAUCAUAUGGAAAACUUAUGAGAAAACUGCGGAAGGUUUCAGAUACGCAGGGCAGAUUGGGGAGUACAAGGAAGCCAGAAAGACAAGUCACAAGGAUGGUCAUUGUCAUGAUUGUAGCUUUUUUAAUCUGCUGGACACCAUAUGCAGCCUUCUCCAUUAUUGUCACUGCAUGUCCAACUAUUUACCUGGACCCACGUUUGGCAGCAGUCCCAGCCUUUUUCUCCAAAACUGCUACAGUUUACAACCCAGUGAUAUAUGUGUUUAUGAAUAAGCAGUUUAGGAAAUGUUUAAUACAACUCUUUCAUUGCAACAAUAAUGCAAUAGACUUAAAUUUCAACCAGACUACGGACAGAGGUGGUAUCACCGCUGGAACCAAUGAAGGCAAUAAAGAUUUCAUUGAUCAUUUUUAAGAAAACCUGCUAAAAGAAAAUGGCAGCAAGAUAAAACCUGUCAUUUAUCAUAUCAAACGAUCUUUAUAUACAGCACAUAAAGUGUGACAAAGGGCACAGCUAAAGAAAUUCUUAGUAUUAUGGCAUCCAUUUAUUAUUGAUGUGUUGACUGAAGUUUAUCCUUUAUUAUAGACUUGUACGAUCUAUACUAUCUUGUUUCUUUGUACACCUAAAAUAACUUAGAAACAGUAAAUAAAGCUUGUUCUCGCUUCCAUUCCAUUUUCUGAAGGAAAUAUAUUCUAAAUUUGAUGAUAAAUCUGUGUACUUUGUGUGUUUGACUAUCCAUUCAGCUGAUGUUAUGUCUCUGCUCAUUUUCAUUACCACUUUCAAAAGCAAAAGCAAUCAGUUGUGUCAGUAGCAUUUUCUUUUAUGAAUAAUUUGUUCUUUGUUAAAUGAUACACUAUGUCUUGUGUUAAAUUUCUAUGUCAUUUAUUUAUUUUUUGAAAGCAAAAUUGACUUGAAAUAUUUGCCAUGCAAUAUCCCCUGUGUGUGUUAAUAAUUAAAAGAUUCAAAUAUAAGAUUUUUUUUUAGCUAAAAUGUAGUGAUUUCAUUAUUAAACUUGAAAUUGCUUUUCUCAUUCACUGCAAUUAUUAUGAAAUAAAAAUGC